CACAGUUCGAAGUAGAUUUACUUGAUUAAAGAAGAUGUUUCCAAAGCGUUUUCAUUUUGUGGUAAUGGUUUUCGUUUCCCUUCAAUUGAAAGGUAAGUGUUUCGUGGUUUACAUCACGCAUUGUUAACCCUGAUGAUAAGAGUGAUCGAGAUUGGUUCAUACUAAGACUACUUGUACCGGAUAGCUUUCCAUAGCGACGUGAAAACACCUAUCCGAACCUUUACUGAUGGAACGCUGUUUGCAGAGGAAUUAUUACAACGGAGAAAUGUUAUUUUGCUCAGCUUCUGAAAGUUGCACAUGUACAUUCCGUAACGGUUAGAUGUUUUUAGCGCCGCUACGGGAUACGUAAAGCCAUCCGGAACCUAUACUAUUCGCUGUUCGUACCGUUUACAAAGAAGGAGCAAGUAAUUUCAGAAUCUUACUUCAAUUUUCACGAUUCCACCUUGCGUUCAAAAUAUAGCAGGCAUAUAACGUAAAUAAAUGCUCACCUACACGGUCAAAGUUGAGGUGUUUAUAGUACAAUUUUCGCACAGUGUGAGCGAGUAUAAAAAGGCGGCACCAGAGUUUAAAAAAAGCGUAAACCAACUUUAUAAUUCCAAUUUGCAACAUUUGUUCUCGCUUUACGAAAAUACACAAGUUGCAAGGUCAAGGGUCCUAAACUUUUUGUAACUAUUAUAAACGAACGAAAUAAACACAAGUUUUGAAAAACCGAUUACCCGGAAAAUAUCAAAACUGAUAUUUGCAGUAUAAAUAAAAACGCAUAGAGAAUACAGUAAGAUAUCACCAUAUUAUUUCACACUUUUGCAUUGCUUUUCAGGUGCAGCUUGUUUCUUUGUGAAACUUUUCUCAAACUAUGGCUCUACCUCGGUACGUUGUGUUAAUGACACAGGUCAAAUACAGUCAAGCGACAGUUGGGGAAACUUGUUCUUUCUGGAAUUUUCCGUCAACAGCUGUCUGGAUCCAGCUGCCCAGUUUCGCUUUCGUGAUAAUGGUGCCAUGUUAAAUCUGAAAAGACAGGGAUGUCUCGCUGCAUUCAAUAUGCCUGGUUCAGGUUAUAAUCUUGAUAUGUUUUAUCUUUACGUUGACUCAGUCAGUUUAGAUAGAGAUGCAUGUGCUCAAAGGCCUAAAGAGGGCAUCUAUCGUGCCAUAACCCAGACCGCAGAGGGAAGCCUGUCUGUCUAUUACAAAGGGAAAUAUAAGAAUUCAUCUGAAGCCUGGUUUGCAGAUCUUAGACGAAGUGACAAACUUUAUGAAAGUUAUGGAAUAUAUUACUACAUCGGGUUGAAGGCGAACUAUGGUAACAGAUAUAUUUUCGGUAAGAUUUUGUUAAGAGUCUUUCGUAUUUUGGUAGACCUUGUUUCUGAAAGUUUUUUCAUUCUGCACGAUGAAAUGUUUAACCCAUUGAGCGCUAUCCCUAAUUUAAUUAAAAUCUUUUUCUCUCGCUAAAUAUGCUGAUUUAGCUCGCGUUUCUUGUUCUUGUUAGCCAAACAUUCUCCCCGCCACUUCUUUACCCAAUAAUCAACACGAAAUAGUACUGAAUUAUGUAAUGGUAAAAACAAAUUGGUUAAACCGACUUACUAAGAAAUUGUAGUCCCAGCGGCGUUGUUAAAACCUGUACAUUUCUAAUAUCCCUUACUACGUAAUCUUAAGAAUAUGAGUAAUAUUUGGGGAGAAAAAAUUACUCAAAGCUUAUGUAAAUCAGCAGGAAUUUAAAAAACAAGCUCCUUUCGCCGUCAUGAAUUAUUUUAUUAAUUACUAAAAAAAAUUACACAUUACUUAUUGGGUACAUGUUCAUAAAUUUAUGUAGCAAUGCACGAGAUAUAUUUUCAUUUUAAAUUGAUGCAAAUUUUCAUCCAAACUAAAUGAUAAUUUAAUCAAGAUCUACUGGCUUCACAAAUUCCCCUCUACACACAAACACAACAUUAAUACAAUCCACCAGAUCAAAACAUCAUUUUGGCUUAAGUAAUUACGUUAAUAUAUUGACAUUGCGCUUAACGAUAUAUGAAAGUAUUUCUCUCAAAAAUAUUAUAGUCUGGCAGAUUUUCGUUAUACAAAAACAAUUAUUUCUCCAUUAAAGGUUCAGUGACAUGUAAUGGCGAUAAAGUGAAGAAUGCCAACUGUCCUAAAGAUCAAUACAUGGUGGUCAAGUUUGCAUCUUAUCGUGGAUUGCUUGGUACAAAGACAUGUGGUUUAAGUGACGAUUAUAGUUGUGAAGUUGAUGUAACAUGUCUUGUCAAGAAACAAUGUGAUGGUCUACAUGAAUGUAGUAUAACUGUGGAUGAGAUCUUGUU